AUGCCCUCAGCAAUCGUCACCGGAGCCACCGGAAUCACCGGCAGCGCCAUCGUGCACCAUCUGUGCAAAGAUGACCAAUACGACAAGAUCUACUCCCUCUCGCGCAGCAACCCGGGGUAUGCGAGCCGGAAAGUACACCACGCGACGCUGGACCUGCAGAGCUCGGCCGAGGACAUGGCCAAGGACCUGCAGGGGGUGUGCGCCGAGUACGUCUUCUUCUGCGCCUACCUGGCGCGCGACGACCCCAUGGAGCUCAUGCACGUCAACGCGACCAUGCUGCGCAAUUUCCUCCGGGCGCUCGAGCUCACCGGCGCGAUCACCCACCUGAAGCGCUUCAUCCUGACCUGCGGCUUCAAGCACUACGGCGUGCACCUGGGCCACUGCAAGCAGCCGCUGCAGGAGGAUGACCCGCUGCUUGAGAGCAGCAGUGGCACCUCCUGGCCCCCAAUCUUCUACUACGAACAGGAGCGCAUCCUCACCGAGGCGGCCGCCCAGGGCGGCUGGGAGUGGGUGGUGACCCUCCCGGAGGACGUGCUAGGGUACGCGCGGGGCAACUUCAUGAACGAGGCGACCGCGCUGGGGCUGUACUGCGCCGUCAGCAAGGUGCUCCCGGGCUCCCUGCUGCCCUACCCGGGCUGCCGGGCGAACUACUUCGCCUUCAACACCUGGACCUCGGCGAACCUGCACGCCAAGUUCUGUCUGUGGGCGGCGACGGCCCCGGACGCGGGCAACAACAUCUUCAACGUGAUGAACGGCGACACCGAGAGCUUCCAGAACCUCUGGCCGCGGCUGGCCCGGCGCUUCGGCUGCACGCUCCCCAACCCCAUGUUCCUCGGCGGUGGCGGGCCCGAUUCCGCGGGGUUCGGGGACUAUGAGGCGACGACAGUGCGGAUGGAGAAUCUGCACCCGCUGACGGAGCAUGAGCAGGCGAUCGGGGUCCGGGCGGAGGGUCCGCCCACCUUGUUCCUGCAGGUCGAUCCGGAGAAGUGGGCGCGACGGGAGGAUGUCAAUGCGGCGUGGGGUAGGCUGCGGGAUACGUAUGGCCUCGACCAGAAGGCGUGGGAGAAGGCGACCUGGGACUUUUUGACGUUCGUGCUGGGAAGGGAUUGGAGUUGUGUGGGGAAGGGAUUGGACAAGGCGCGGAAGCUGGGGUGGACGGGCUAUGCGGACACCUGGGAGGAACUGGAGGAGACGCUAGAGGUGCUGGAGAAGGAAGGCGUGCUGCCUCCGGUGGAUAGGUUGAAGAAGGAUUUCUAG